AUGGCGCGGCAGCGCCUGCCUCCCACUCUUCACGCCUCCUCUCCGAUCCCACCCUGGUCAUGUCUGCCUAACCCUAACUUAAUGCCUGCCUUGUGCAUGUGGAACCCUAAGGCUCAACCUCAAGCUGCAGACGAUGUAUCCUGGGAGGUUAGGGCCUUUUCAGAGGACAUAGGUAAUGUUUUGGGCACAACUUGGCCGCCAAGGUCUUAUCCUUGCUCUUUCUGCACAAGGGAAUUCCGUUCGGCUCAAGCCCUUGGAGGUCACAUGAACGUGCACCGCCGUGACAGGGCUCGCCUUCGCCAAACGUACCCUGCAACUUCAUCAAUAUUAUCUGCUACUGCUAUUUCCUCGUCUAACCUCUUAAUCCCGACCCAACAUUUCCCCCAGAGUGCCGGCUUUUGGGUCCUCCACCACCAUGAUGGGGUUCCCACUUCUCAACCUAUGAAUGCAUGCUCCAUCGAUUCACCUUCCACCCUUGUCUCUAUUUCACCAUAUCCCCCUCCGGUAAUGCCUCCCAGGUUCAGUCAUUUUUCUUCUCUCUAUUACAGUAAUCUUAAUGGUGGGAGCAAUGCUGGCGGCAUCAGCUUCAGGGAAACAUCCAUUGAAGAGCUUGAUCUAGAGCUUCGGCUAGGGCAUCCACCACCAACAUCUUGA